AUGAAUGACAACUCAUGGACUCCUUUUCUUUUUGAUUUUGAUGUCCCAAGAUCUUGCUUGAAUGCCAGCCCUACAGUACUGUACGACAAAACCGCUAUCCAGUAUAUGAACCAGUACAAAUUGCGAGAAUCUAUUGAAUUUGGAGUUCACAGUAUUUCAGGCAUGGCAGUUCCAGAUGACGACGGUUCUAUUUGGCUUCCUUUCCUAAAUAUGCCACUAAGCUACUACGACUGUUUUAGUCAACUUCGUGGUGCCAAUCUUGCUUCAGAAUCACCAACAUAUUCAAAUUCGUCGAUAUUGGGUGCAGAGCAGACUUUAAUAGCUCCUAUGUAUCCCAGUACUACUCAGGGAUGGACAGAGACAUCUAUCAAUACGCCCGAGUUCGGCUUUGUCCGUCCUAACGAGAUAUUCUCUCAGUCUAACACGCCUUCCAGCUUGGGUCAGAUGUGCAGAGAAGACAGCCUCGAUGUCGACUUUGAUAGUUUUAAUAAUCUUGACGACUUCGAUGCUGAUUCAUCUUCGGGUUCUACCACGGCUACGCUAUCCUCCGCCGGGUCGUCAGAAACCGUCCAGCAGUCAAGUGAGUCCGACAACUGCCUUCAAGAACCUUCUAUAAAGGUUGAAACUGUUCAGAGCAUAUCGCCAAUCUCGCCAAACGCACUUCGCUCGGAAAAGGACAAGUUUCUUGUUCAGGCGAGAGAUUCCAAUAUGACCUAUAGGGAGAUCAAACAGCAAGGCGGCUUCUCUGAGGCUGAGUCAACGCUCCGCGGUCGAUACAGGGCUCUCACAAAGGAGAAGGAGGCAAGAGUUAGGAAACCGGAGUGGUCAUCCAUUGAUAUUGUCCUUCUCCGUCAAGCCAUCGACCACUUUGCAGAAGGUGGAAAUAUCAGACGGGCCAAGCUCCCGUGGAAGAAAAUUGCGGAAUAUAUCGAAGAUAAUGGAGGAACAUAUCUCUUUGGACCGGCGACAUGCAAGAAGAAAUGGAUGUCUCUGCUACCAAAGCGCCGCCGAGGCUGA